GAAAAAAAUAAUAAGAAAAAAGGGUCACCGACGGGAGGACGAAGGCAGAGUUCCAAUCUCUGGAGAGGAGAGAUCGAAGAAGCUCAAGUGAAAUCACUAAUCUCUCAGUGUGUGUGAGUGAAGAAGUCUGAGAUCAGAGAUCUGCUGCGAGAUAUCUCCAAAAUCCCCUUUUGGAGACGACAAUGGCGGUUCGUCUUCCAAUUGCCGCGUUUUCUCUGGUCCUCCUCCUCGUCUUCCCUCCGCUGCUUCUCGACGCCAAAACCCUCAAACGCGACAUGAAAGCACUGAACGAGAUCAAGGCUUCGCUGGGGUGGAGAGUGGUGUACGCCUGGGUAGGCGACGAUCCGUGCGGAGACGGCGACCUUCCGCCGUGGUCCGGUGUCACUUGCUCCACUCAAGGCGAUUACCGAGUCGUCACCGAGUUGGAGGUGUAUGCAGUGUCAAUUGUUGGGCCUUUCCCUACUGCUGUCACCAAUCUCUUGGAUCUCACUAGGCUGGAUCUCCAUAACAACAAGUUGACCGGCCCUAUUCCUCCGCAAAUCGGGCGUUUGAAGCGUCUCAAAAUGCUUAACUUGAGAUGGAAUAAGCUACAAGAUGUCAUUCCUCCUGAAAUUGGUGGAUUGAAGAGUUUAACCCAUUUGCAUCUAAGCUUUAAUAGUUUUAAAGGAGAAAUCCCGAAGGAGCUUGCUAAUCUUCCUGAGCUUCGCUAUCUGUAUCUGCAAGAAAAUCGCCUUAUUGGGCGGAUUCCUCCAGAACUAGGAACUCUGCAAAAUCUUCGGCAUUUGGACGUUGGUAACAAUCAUUUGGUGGGUACUAUUAGGGAACUCAUACGUAUUGAGGGCUGCUUUCCCGCUUUGCGUAACCUUUACCUAAACAACAACUAUCUUACCGGAGGAAUUCCAGCACAGCUCGCAAGCUUGUCCAAACUGGAAAUACUGUACCUAUCUUACAACAAGAUGUCUGGGAUAGUUCCAUUAGGACUUUCCCAUAUUCCGAGACUGACGUACUUGUACUUGGAUCACAAUCAAUUUUCAGGAAGAAUUCCUGAUGCCUUCUACAAACACCCGUUCUUGAAAGACAUGUAUAUUGAAGGGAAUGCAUUCCGACCAGGUGUAAAACCGAUAGGCAUACACAAAGUUCUUGAGCUCACAGACGCAGAAUUUCUCGUCUAGUCAAGACAUCAAGCUAUUAUUUACUUGUUAACAGGUUGUGUUUUUUACCGUCCAAACAAGGGUUCUUAUAGUCUCGGAAUGGAAAUAUAUAUCGAUGAAGUUUUGCUGUCA